AUGGUUCUCAUUUCGGUAUCGGUCGUGAUCGCUACAUUUCGUUUGCUCGGCUACGAGUACGUGCUCAUCACGGGAGCUGCCGUCUUGGCCCGGUUUUCUGCUAAAAAGGCCGUGGGGAGUCGGGGGGAGAGAUGGAAUGGGUUCAGUUGA